GAUGCCACAGCUGAGCCUGUCCUGGCUGGGCCUGGGGCACAUAGCACCCUCUCCAUGGCUGUUGCUGCUGCUGACUGGGGCCUCCUGCCUCCUGGCUUACAUCCUGACCCAGGUUUACACUGUCUUUGAGAACUCUCAUCACCUCCGCUGUUUCCCGCAGCCCCCCAAACGAAACUGGCUCUCGGGACACCUAGGCCUGAUCCAGAGCUCAGAGGAAGGGCUCCUGUACAUCCAGAGCCUGGUGCGAACCUUCAGGGAUGUGUGCUGCUGGUGGGUGGGGCCGUGGCACCCCGUCAUCCGCAUAUUCCACCCUGCUUUCAUCAAGCCUGUGAUCUUGGCUCCAGCUUCAGUUGCCCCCAAGGACGCAGUCUUCUACCGUUUCCUGAAGCCAUGGCUGGGGGAUGGCCUCUUGCUGAGUACUGGUGACAAGUGGAGCCGCCACCGUCGCAUGCUGACACCUGCCUUCCAUUUCAACAUCCUGAAGCCCUAUGUGAAGAUUUUUAAUGACAGCACCAACAUCAUGCAUGCCAAGUGGCAGCGCCUGACCUCCAAGGGCAGUGCCCGUUUGGACAUGUUUGAACAUAUCAGCCUGAUGACCCUGGACAGUCUGCAGAAGUGUGUUUUCAGCUUUGACAGCAAUUGCCAGGAGAAACCUAGUGAAUACAUCGCUGCCAUCUUAGAGCUUAGUGCCUUAGUGGCCAGAAGGCACCAGAAGCUGCUUAUGCAUGUGGACCUGUUUUAUCACCUCACCCGUGAUGGGAUGCGCUUCCGGAAGGCCUGCCGCCUAGUGCAUGACUUCGCUGAUGCUGUCAUCUGGGAGCGUCGCCGCACCCUCCCUGAUCAGGGUGGUGAUGAUGUCCUCAAGGCCAAGGCCAAGGCCAAGACUUUGGACUUCAUUGACGUGCUCCUGCUGAGCAAGGAUGAAGAUGGAAAGGCUCUGUCUGAUGAGGACAUCCGAGCGGAGGCUAACACCUUCAUGUUUGGAGGCCAUGACACCACAGCCAGUGGGCUUUCCUGGAUCCUGUACAACCUGGCGAGGCACCCGGAAUACCAGGAGCGCUGCCGGCAGGAGGUGCGGGAGCUCCUGAGGGACCGUGAGCCUGAGGAGAUUGAGUGGGACGACCUAGCCCAGCUGCCAUUCCUCACCAUGUGCAUUAAGGAGAGUCUCCGACUGCAUCCUCCCGUCACUGCAAUCUCCCGCUGCUGCACUCAGGACAUUUUGCUCCCAGACGGCCGGGUCAUCCCUAAAGGUGUCAUCUGCCGAAUAUGUAUUUUUGGGACACAUCACAAUCCAGCUGUGUGGCCAGACCCAGAGGUCUAUGACCCUUUCCGCUUUGAAGCAGACAACGUCAAGGGCAGGUCAUCGCUGGCUUUCAUUCCCUUCUCGGCUGGGCCCAGGAACUGCAUAGGACAGACUUUCGCCAUGAGCGAGAUGAAAGUGGCCUUGGCGCUGACUCUGCUGCGCUUCCGCGUUCUGCCGGAUGACAAGGAGCCCCGCAGGAAGCCAGAGCUGAUCCUGCGCGCAGAGGGCGGGCUGUGGCUGCAGGUGGAGCCGCUCAGCGCAGGCGCGCAGUGACCCCCACAGCUGGCCUGGGACCGCCCCAUCCACCCACCGGCCUGCGCAUUUCCAGGAAUAAAAAUCUCUUGUCACCUUAUCUGAGCCUCACCGAACAUCCGGGUUACACGCCUCAUGUGAGCCACAGGGAGCCAUGGAAGGUGUUUGAGCGGUAGAAGGAUUUAAGGGUCGUGAAGAUUAAUAUUGUCACCCAGGAGGCAAGGUACUCCUGUAAGGGAUUAUCUGGAUAAAUCAACUGAAAUGGAAUGAUUCGUCCUAAUCCUAACUGUAGUUGCCGCCAUUACCGGGUUUCGGUUCUGGGUUGAAUUAAAAAAAAAAAAAAAAAAAAAAAAAAAGUGUGGCCCAGAUUAGAGGUGGUUCUUCCCACCUCAGAUGAUCUAGUCAAGGAAAAUCCCUUAGAGGUGUGCCAAACAGCUUGGGUUUUAGUUAAUUACAGAUGUAGUCAAAUUGAAAACCAAGAAUGGCCACCAUAGCCAGGCUACCUAACUCUUCCCAAACAUUUCCACCAAUGUGGGACCAAGCACAGGAACACAUGAGCGUAGGGGUCAUCCUCAUCCAAAUCACCACAGUCCCUUACCUUUUGAGAGUGUGUCAUUAUAGCAGCUGGGCAUGAGUAAUAGUCAGGGUUCUCUAGAGUCACAGAACUUAUGGGAUGUCUUUAUAUAUUAAGGGGAUUUAUUGGAAUGGCUUUCAGCCUGUAGUCUUCAGAGACCAAAUCUUUUAAGUUCCGACUCCAUUUUAGAGGACCUGACCGGAAGUUUGAACUCAGGUAGACUAACAGGCUGGUACCUAGCAUUAGUUUCCAAGUUGCCCCCCAACAAAACGUAAGCCUAGCUCCAGUCUCUAGGCUAAUCCCCAACAAGAGGAGCAUCUCUAGGUUACACCCUCAAUAAGACCAGGUUAUUCCCCCAACAAACCUACACCCCAGGUUACAAGCCCACCCCUAGCCUAAUGGCCAUCAAUGCAGAGGGCAGCAGAAGUUAGGUUUAUGAUGAUUUCUGACACCAGCCAAUUAUGUUAAAGGCCACAGUAACUUUCCAAUAAGAUGCUUGCACACUCAGCCCCCCUUACUAUAAAGCCUUGCUCCAAUAGAUAUUCAAGGCUCUCCCACCACCCAAACUGUCCUGCAUGACAGCAGUGCGUUGGAGGGACCCGAGCUAGCUUGGAUAGAAUAAAGACCCCGCUGUGAGUUGCA